GGUCAUUUCAUUUCGUCGAGCGUUGCGAUCGAUCGCUUCCAAGCUACAAAGCACGAUCAUCGUCGUUGUCAUUUUCACUCCGCGCAAAAGUGUCAUCGUACACUACGAUGGAUAAUCUCCCACACUGAUACCUGAAGGAACACCGUCAGCUGCUCUCGUCACUCAUAUCCUCCCUAUCUUACCUAUCAACAAGAUGCCUUCGUUCCAGUAUGGAGGUGGAAUCCUCACAACCCGAUCACUCGAGCACAACGACGAGCGCAACCGACCCGUCUCCAAGCCUGUCGUCGUGACCGGUGGCUCGGGAAAGUUGGGCAAAUCUGUCGUCAAGGAGCUCAACGAACACGGCUAUUGCGUCGUCAAUCUGGAUAGUGCUCCUCCCCCUGCUCAUCUGGGACCGGAGUACAGGGCAAAAGUCUUCAUUCAAACGCAAUUGACCGACUUUGGUCAAGUCUUGGAGGCCUUGAUGGGGAUUGACGACCGGUAUACUUUUGACACAAAGGAACUAGCUAUCGUCCACCUCGCAGCUGUACCUGCUCCUGGUCGGGUUCCGGAUCAAGUAGCCUUCCAGAACAACGUCAUGUCGACCUACAACAUCUUUGAGGCUGCUAGAAAGCUCAAGAUCAAGAACAUAAUCUCGGCCAGUUCCGAGACGGUUUUGGGCCUGCCGAUGGACCCUUUGCUUCCAGUGACCUUGCCUGUCACUGAGGAGUCACAGCCACCGAGACCCGAGUCGGCCUACUCGCUCUCCAAGCUAGUUGGGGAAACGAUCGCCGACCAAUACGUUCGAUGGGUACCUGACAUGAAGAUUCUCAGUUAUCGAUUCUCCAAUGUGAUCGACGUCGAGCAAUACAAGCUUUGGAACACGAAGCAGUUUCAGCAGGACCAUGCUGGUCGUCGCUGGAACGCGUUUGGGUACAUAGAUGCUCGCGACGGCGCUCAGGCCGUGCGCAAAGGCUUAGAAGCUCAGAUAACCGGACACCAGGUCUAUAUUAUCGCCAAUGCCGAUACUUGCUUCGAUACGCCAAGCGAUCGACUCGCUCAGGAGCAAUUCCCGAAUGUCCCACUCGACUCUUCCGCGGUCAAGGCAAGCGAUCCCCAGGGUAACUUCAGUGGCUACGAAACUCUUCUCAGUUGUGCCAAGGCAAGGAGAGAUCUUGACUACACUCCACAAUGGAGCUGGAGAAAUGGCGGGGAGACGCCGUGGCGUUCGUCUUGAGAUCGAUCGCUUGUCUGUAUAGUUCAUGCUGUGAUACAAUAAAUAGUCUCGAAACCGGAAAAUGCGCUAC